AUUAUUCCAUGGUUGUGUGUACUUCUGUGUUUGUUCGCCAGCUGAAAAUGGCGGCUCUUAGCGUCGAAUUCGUCUAACUUUAUCAAAUAAACAUGAGCACAGCAGCAAACCUUUCGUUAAUAAUGUGCAAGAUGGGACUAGAUGUUUGUGAGGCGCGCCACUGAGACGUUACUUUGACCACUGAGCGGAGUUGCAGACGUGUAGAGGACAUACACCUCAACGUCACUGCUGAAAGUGUCGUUAAGACAUGAUGGAGGACCCCAACACACGGUACAGCAAGCGUUUGCGUACAGGAACGCGUCGCCGCUACCAGGAUGAUGGCAUAUCAGAUGAUGAGAUCGAAGGGAAACGAACAUUUGAUCUGGAAGAAAAGCUGGAGUGCAGCAGGUUUGGCAGCGACUUGGUCAAGCAUAUGGAAGGCAAAGAUUUCACUUUCGAAUACAUCCAGAGAGAAGGUCUAAGAGAUCCUAUAAUAUUCGAGAAGGCUGAUGGUCUUGGCCUUCAGAUGCCUGACUCCAAUUUCAGUGUGAGCGAUGUCAAGUUGUUUGUUGGGAGUCGACGAAUUGUAGACGUGAUGGACGUGAACACUCAGAAGGGAAUUGAGAUGUCUAUGGCUCAGUGGCGCCGCUACUAUGAGACACCCCCAUCUGAAAGAGAGAAACUUUACAACGUCAUCAGUCUUGAAUUCAGCCACACCAAACUGGAGAACCUAGUUCAGCGGCCUGCUUCGGUGGACCUUAUUGAUUGGGUGGACAACAUGUGGCCACGUCAUCUGAAGGAAAGACAGAGAGAUUCUACCAAUGCAAUCAUUGAUAUGCAUUAUCCCAAAGUACAAAAAUACUGUCUAAUGAGCGUGCAGGGCUGCUUCACGGAUUUCCACAUUGACUUUGGAGGAACGUCUGUUUGGUAUCACAUUCUGCGAGGGGGAAAGGUUUUCUGGCUGAUUCCACCAACACCCCAGAAUUUGGACAUGUACGAGAACUGGGUUUUAUCUGGCAAACAAGGAGACAUAUUCUUGGGAGACAAGUGUCAUGACUGCCAAAGGAUAGAGCUGAAGCAGGGUUACACUUUCAUGAUCCCCUCAGGUUGGAUUCAUGCUGUUUACACUCCAGAGGACACGUUGGUGUUUGGGGGUAAUUUUCUCCACAGCUUCAAUAUCCCCAUGCAACUCAACAUUUACAGCAUUGAAGAUCGCACUCGGGUUCCUGCAAAGUUCCGCUAUCCAUUCUACUAUGAGAUGUGCUGGUAUGUCUUGGAACGGUACCUGUAUUGUCUGACCAACACCUCCCACCUCACGCCAGAGUUCCAAAAAUACUCCCUAGGCAUUGGUCUUACUCCGGCUGACAUUGAAAACCCUAAUGCCAUGGGGAAUGGAAAUUCAAAUGGAGUAGGUGCCGAUGGUUUUGGCGAUGGUGGUGGUGAUGGAAAUAAUGAUGAUGAUGAUGAAAACAGCAAUUCUGGUGAUGAUGAUGAUGAUGAUGGUAAUGGUAAUGGUAAUGGUGCUGGAGCUGGAGCUGGAGCUGGAGCUGGAGCUGGAGGUGACAAUGAUGCUGGGGACAUUGAAAACAAGGAGAUGAUUCAGAAAGAAAACGAGAUGAAAGUUGAAGACGAUUCCCCUGGAAUUAAGCCCCAUCAAGUCCUCACCCAUUUUGAACUGGAGGGUCUGUGGAAUCUCUUGGGCAAACUAGAAGAAUUGCCAGCCCAUAAAAAGUGUGUUCCAGAAGGUAUUGCUGAUGCCGACGCCCUAUUGAGAGACAUGAGGCGGGUUCUCUUGGAGCACCCCAAUGAUGACCCCAAACUGUCCUACACUGGAGAGCCCAUCGUAAAGUGGUCUCCAAGACCGUCUUGGUACCAGCCCCCAAUAGCGCCACCUCCCGUCAUCUACCGCCCUCGUCUACCUACACCUGUCCACAAGCUGCAGCUUCACAGACCAAAAGGAACCUCCAUCUCUGCUUUGAGGCGAAGAAGAGUUCGGUGCAAAUAUUGUUCUGGUUGCUGCAGGAAAGAGUGUGGGAAUUGCCUCUGUUGCCAAGACAUGAGGAAGUUUGGUGGUCCUGGACGCAUGAAGAAGGGUUGCAUCAUGAGACAAUGUCUGACUCCGGCCUUGCCAAACACAGCAAGAUGCCAUAUAUGUGGGGAAGGGGAAGCAGAGGACACUCACCCAAGCCUGCACACACUCAUGGAGUGCACGGUCUGUACUCGGAUCACCCAUCAGCAUUGUAUGAAAGAACCUGGUGAAGGCAAGAUUUUUGAAGAUCUGCCCAGCUGUUGGGAAUGUCCCAAAUGUUCACAAGGAAAUGGUUCGACAUCAGAGUCUUCCAGCGAUGAAGAAAGUGGGGAUUCAGAGUACUCCGUGUCUCUACCUGCAUCCAAAAAGGCCUAUCGUGAAGGCAUAGGCGUUGGUGAAAUGGUGAGGCACCAGAAACAUGACCGAUCGUCGUCUCAGCCCACCGCCCCUCCACCCUCUCAACGACUAUUGCUGCAACAUCAGCAGAGCCGGAAAAGAGCAAAUGAACUGGAGUUGAAGCUCAAGAAAAGAAUGAAACUAGAGCGCAGUAAAAUGUUGGUAAAACAUCCCAAAUUGGACUUUUCUGCUCGGCAGCGGGGCUCCAAGCUUGCGCAGCUUCGUGCUACAGCAAGCAGACUCACUCAGGUUAAAGGUCGUGCAGCCACCUCAGCAAGCAGUGCACCCUACCAUGGCACCUCUGGUGGUAGUGGUUCCCUCCAAUCACAGUCUUCCGUUUGUCUGGCACUUGAGCACAAGGGAGAAACCUGCAGAGGAAGGGGGAGAGGUGUCCGAUUGCGUGGCGGAGCGGCCGGGAGGGGAAUGAUCAGUGGUCAAAGAUUGUUAGAGGAAAGUGAAGACAGUAGCAGCAGCAGCGCCACAACCACCACGAGUAGCAGCAGCAGUGAUGAGGAAGAAGAAGAGGCAGAGAAGAUACAAAAUGGCAUGGAUGCAGGAGAGCCAGGAAACCCGCCACAAUCAAAAGAGAGCGCAGAGGCUGGUGUUCCUGAGGGCGAUGGGUUUGAAAUGAACAACCACAGCGGUACUGAGGAGUGUGAGGUGGAUCAGAUGGUGACAGAUUGUAAAGACGGCUCCAAUAUGAAACUAACCCUCAUAAAACCCACGGAGCAAGACUCGGCGACCAUUGUUCCCAAAUUGGAAGCUAUCACUCCCCAAGCUGCUGCAGCGCUCAACAAGAACCGACACCUGGAGAGACAGCCUAUCAGAAAUCACAAAACCAGCUCCAACAGGCACACCCCUCCACUCACCCGCAGCCAACAUUCAGGGGAGCCCGCCUCCCAUCCUGAACGACGGAAAGCAUCCAAAAAGUCGAAGCCAAGUAGAGCAGCUAAACCCACCAACGGUGCCACUUCAUCAUCUCCGAAGCUUCCCGACAUCGAGACCCCUCCCCAACAGGACAGAGAAUCUCAGGCAAACAGGGACAGCAGCGAUGGCGGGCCUAGUGGUGAUAGAGAGGUCUGGGUCUCUGUUUUCCGCUACUUAAAUCGAGCAGAUCUGUGCGUCUGCAUGGCUGUCUGCAAGAACUGGUAUAAAUGGUGUUUAGACAAACGACUCUGGUCACGGAUCGACCUCAGCAUCAAGCGUACCAUCUCAUCUCAGGCGUUAACAGGCAUCAUUAAGAGGCAACCGGCGACUCUUGAUCUCUCAUGGACCAACAUCUCCAAAAAGCAGCUCAACUGGCUUGUCCAGCGGCUUUUAGGUUUGAGGGAUCUGAUGCUGGCAGGUUGCUCCUGGGCUACAAUUUCAGCGCUGUCCUCCUCUGGCUGCCCUCCCCUGCGAUCUCUGGACCUGCGCUACGCAGAUGGAGUCAAGGAUGCUCAGUUCAGGGAACUCAUCACCCCUUCAGGUCCCAGCAACCGCUGUCAGUUGCGGACCGUGCACUCUCUGCGACUGGCGGGUCUGGACAUCAGUGACAUCACUCUGCGCCUGGUGAUCCGCCACAUGCCCCAGUUAACAAAGCUGGACCUCGCCAACUGCGUCAAUGUCACGGACAACUCCAUCAACCUGCUGACUGCUGUGGGGUCAUCCACGAGGAACACGCUGACAGAAAUCAACCUGGCAGGUUGCAAUAAACUGACCGACUCGUCUCUCAAGUAUCUCCGCCGACUCGCCAGCAUAUCUCGGUUGGAUCUGCGAGGAUGCCAAGGGGUCUCACGAAAGGCUUGUGAGAAUUUUAUUGCUGAGCUGUCCGUCAACACACUCUACUGCCUAUCAGAUGAAAAACUCAUCCAGAGGAUAUCAUAGACUCCUCCCCUAUUCCGACAGCAGGGGAGAUUCGGAGGGUAUUAAUCUAAAGUCCAACACAAACAAAGGGGGCGAUAUAUGUUCAUAUGCACUUGGUCAACAACCUGGGACGGCUGACUAACUUAACUUGUGUUGGGAGAAGGGUGGCUUUUAAAGCUGGAAACGUGUAAGAGACUCAGGACUUUUUUUUUGUGCUAAUGGUAAGUUGUGUAAAAACAAAUAUUUUUUUGAGAUGGUAUGACUGUGACGACAAAUGCAUCGCACCCACAGGGUAUCUGACCAACUUCAUGAUUUCAACUGCAAUUUAAAAGACUCUUUCAUACGACGGUGGUCGACAUGUCUCUUUGACGAGUCCUGCACAAUGCUACUCAUUUUUAUGUAUCCAAUUACAACGGAGCAGUCUGUCACCUGUCUGGAAGUUUUAGUUGUUACAUGCCAUGAACGUGAAAUGUUAGCCUUCAAAAGGCAGUUCUGUGUGCGACUUUCAGGUUCAACACUUGACUGAACUGGCAGCAGGACCCGAUCACCAUGGCAGCACGACCUCAGCCCCGCACGGGCACGAUGCAUUAAAUGUAUAGUGUCGGACAGCAGAUAGACUUCAGGUGCUAUUGUUUUCAAACUCCUCUUUUUUGUCUUCUUGUGGAUCCGCUGACUAUCACACUUUUUACCAAAUUGAAAGACUUUAUCCCAUGUGAUGUAGAGAUGUUUUUCUUCUGUUCUUUACAAGUCUUUCUUUAUCAAAGCUCUUUUGGCCAUAUCUCUACAAAGGAAUAUAAAUCUACUUUUGUGUAAAUGUGCUAUUCUGUCAGUAAGAUGAAAAGAAAACGCUGUAGCAUUGUAAUUAUUUUGAGAUGUUUUUUUUUUUUACUUUGUGUUAUUUUU